GAAAAGGAGAUGAAAAAAAAAUCGAAGAGACAAACGGGACGAUAAUCAGUCAAAAAAGCAAAGAAUCGGUCAAAAUAUACGUGUGAGUUGGUUGGUGACGAGUCUUUUUUCUGAAUCUAGAGCGAAUAAUCGUCCGUAAUAGUUGCAAGAAUGGCCGCAUUCUAGGCAUCCGGUUCAAUUGGCAAACAGGAGAAGCUCGCAGUCAUGAACAAUUUGAAAGCCCCAUCGUUGCAUUCGCUGCUCGAUUCCGACCAUGGUUCGUCGAACGACAGUCUGCUGGCCGAAUCGCUUCAACUGGACAUCGAAGAGCUGGACGAUGAGGAGUAUUCGCUUCCUGCGGUGGACCAGCUUCCAACCUUGGAAAGCGUCCUCAGCGAGAUCGAUAGUGACCUGGAUAGUGUGUCGACGGCGGCAGGGAGGAGGGUGGUGGAUGGAUCAGGCGGAAGCGCCAGCAGAGAUCUGGGGUCGACGCCGACUCCGUCGUUGGCCGCCACUGAGGAUUACCUACGAGUGGAAUCGAUUCUGAGGCAUGUCGUACUGCAGGGCGUUACGGCUCAAGUAACAUCUGCCGUGGAACGAGUAGAUGCCGGAUUGGCCACAUCCUGCACGGUUUCGCAGAUGAUUGCGGUGGGGACAUCCCAUGGGCACAUAUUAGCAUUUGACUGUUCCCAAACGCUGAAAUGGUGCUGUCAGGAUGGAAAGUCUCAGGGAGCGGUUUCGGCACUGGCCUUCAACGAGGACAACACCCGGCUGCUGGCUGGAUUUGCCCGGGGGAGCAUACUGAUGAUCGAUACCUUUACGGGUGAUGUUAUACGGACAUUGAACGAGGUGAUAACGCCGAAUACGGGGGUGUUACAUCUGAAAUGGACGAAUCGACCAGCGCUGGCGCUUUGUUCCGAUUCCGGAGGGUCAGUUUGGAGUUUGAGCUUCACCAGAAGGUUGGGAAUUCGUGGCUGUGAUUCCCGCUGCUUGUUUAGUGGAGCUCGCGGGGAAGUUUGUACGGUGGAACCGCUUCUGCUGGGUGACGAAGAGCAUCCGCUGAAAAAUUACACUUUGGUUGCGUUGGCCACAUUGAGCAAGUUCUUUGUCGUGAUGAUCCGUCCCCGACUGAAGGUUAUCAAAUUCCAUCCAAUGGCUGGUUAUCCGGAUUGCCUGCCGCUUCUCGCCUGGCAGAUGGUGCUGAUUCAAGCUGCCGAUUCGUCACGAACCAUAGAUCCUGUGCUGGCCGCAGCCCGCGGAGCCGAUUUGUAUUUCCAUCAGAUUAGCUAUAGCAGCGGACGCAUAUCGCUCAUCUUCCUGCGCCACAUUCAGCUUGGCUACAAUCUCCUGUCGCUACACUGGCUUGGGCCGAAAACGAUCGCCUGUUUGGAUACGAUGGAAAUGCUUCACCUGUCGGAUGUUCGAACUAACAAAGAGCUGGAAACGAUCGAUCUGUCCAACGUGGGUCUGAUGUACAACUCGGCGCAAUUCAAGGGACUCGCCACCGGGGGAAACGUUUCGCCCGCCCUUGCCCUGGCAGGUGGCUCAGCAUGCUAUAACACAGUGGUCUCCCAGGGCAGCCAACUGUACCUCCUGGCGGGAAAAAGUUUACACGGGGUCAGUGCCCGGGCUUGGAGCGAUCGCAUUUCCUACCUGACUUCGAUGCAACGCUGGGACGAGGCCAUCGAGCUGGCCGUUGAGGGAUUCCGAGCUGCCGCUGGACGACACCGGCGACUGGCUGCGGCCAAAGAGCGAAUCCUUCGCAUGUUUGACGAGUACUUGAACGCAACGCGGAAAACGCCCGAACUGUGUCUGGAAGCGAUGGUGGCGUGUUUGAUCGAGAUUAACGAAAAAAACCUCCUAUGGCAAGAGCUUUACGACCGUCUUCCAUCCACGGAUCACUAUUUGGCCAUCAUCGCGCUUCAUAUCGAGAAUGACAACCUGAGCUGGGUUGCACCGGCGGUGGCGCAAGUGCUGUGCGAACAAUUUCUACGCAAACGGGACAUAACCCGGCUGGAGAAUAUAAUCCUCAAGCUGGACUGGCAAUGCCUGGAUUUGCACCAAGUGCUCACCAUUUGUCGUAAGGAGAAACUCUACCGAGCCCAAAUGUAUCUGAACACCAAAGCUCUACGAGAUUAUGCGGUUUCCCUGACGGAUUUGAUUCCGCUGGUUAAUGAACAGAACGAUUCCCAUCUGGGCAAUUGUUUGCUGGUGUACGUGUCCAGUUGCCUCGCCGGUCGGGGCUAUCCAACGGGAGACAUUGAACCGGAUAUGAUUGCCACCGUUAAGCAUGAAGUUCUGCGCUGUCUGACCGUGAUCCAUUCGAAAAAUGCUCCAGAAAGCGAGCUACCCUAUCCAUAUCUGAGAAAACUUUUGGAGUUUGAUACACGAGAAACACUGAACGUAAUUUCACUUGCUUUCCAAGAAAAGGAGUUCAACGGAGAACUUGGACUGUCUCAACGGCAACGGAUUAUCAACAUUCUUCUGGAAAUACUCACUCCGGAACAUGCCAGCUGGUCUCAGAUCGGAUGUUUGCUGAACUUCAUUGCCCAGCAGAUAGCGUCUCGUCAACUUCCAGAAAACGAACUGUUGCUUGAAAGAGUCAUAACAUACCUGACUAGACAAAGCGAGGAAAUUGCCAUCGGCCGUAUGACCCGACGGGAACACUCCGAACAGGAGCAAACCUGGUUGGAACUGCUCCGGUCCAACUGCCUUAGUCACAUUCCGAAUGAAGAUCUGCUGGAAAUUUCCCGCCACGGUCGAUGCUAUCGAGUCACGGAGUACAUUCUGGAGCAAUUGGGACGAUACGAAGAAAUAUUCGAUUGUUAUUUGUUGGACGAGUUUCGUCACGCAGAAUUAUUCAACUACAUUGGCCAGUACAGCGAAGAUGACCGGAGACAGGUGUUGCCACUAUUCCUCAAAAAUUUCAAGACGAUUCUGGACAUCAAUUGCGAACAAACGACUCGAGUGGCGACGGACCAGUUCAUGAGACAUAUGAAUCAAUUCCUGCAACUACUGCAAGAUUGUCCAGAAAAACUAUUUCAAUUCCUCCGGCAGCUAGUGAAAAAUGGCGUCCAGUUGGAAACACGUGACUGCGAACGGUAUCUGGAACUCUUGUGUCAGUACCAACCGGAGGAGGUGAUUGAGUUUUUGAAAUCCAACGAUUCCUACAGGCUGGACUUUGCGGUUCGGACCAUUAAGGGCCACGGGAUGAACACGGCACUGAUCUAUUUGUAUGAGAAGCAGGGCGAUUACCAGGCAGCCUACGGCGUGGCAGUGGAAGCUUUGAGGGAUGCACCGGAAAGCACGGCCGAGAUGUGUGCAUUGCAGGUGUCCGGUUUGUGUUCACGGGCUUCCGGCGUUCUCUCAGAAGCAGACCGACAAGAGCUUUGGUUUUCGCUGCUCAAAAUCGUCCUGUCCCGAGCCGAUCUAACUCAAAUAACAAAAAAUAUUCUCCAUUCGGCGAGCGAAUUCGUCGAUCUGGCCAAACUGGUCCAACUGGUGUUGACCUCCGGAACAAAAACCGGCAACUUCGGUGACAUUAAGCACGUUCUCAUUGGAAUGCUGUCCAAUUCGGCCUACGAAACGGUGCUGCUGGAAACGACGUCGCAAAUCCUGGGCAGGGACCUGCAUGCGAUUCUUGCCCGAGAACGCCGUUUCGCGAGGAGAGGUCUUUGUGUGAAAACCAUCAAAUGCACCAUCUGCCGCUGUAAGCUGUACAACGGCACCAAAGAUGCCAUUGUAGUUUUCGGUAAUUGUGGGCAUGCGCUGCAUAAAGAUUGCGCCAACCGUUACUGCACCGUUAAGGGAGCGGAUUCUCCUUCGACGGACGAAGCGAAGAGUUUAACCAAAAUGAGAUGCCCCAGAUGCGACGUGGUGAUCAGCGAACGGGAACCGGUUAGUACCUCCGAGUGUCGCGUCGAUCUGGGGCCGGUCAUGGUACCCAGUGGGCACGGAAUCGAAUCCAGUGCACUGAAAUUGAGCGCUCCUCCGCGCAUCGGCCUGUAGUGUCGUCGAACGGUGUUCGUAUUGAUCUCUCAAUUGUUCUGCUUCGCUGAUCCUACUUCCGCCCAGCAGCAUUAGCCAUCUUCUUGACCCUGACCAUCGGACGGACGGGGUAAGUUUUUAAAGACUCUGCUAUAUAUUGUUACAUUCUGUAUUAUGUAAUUAUCUCUAUCCAUUCAUGAUGAUUUGGCUGAUUUUAACAAAAACACAUAUUUAGCAUUUUCAAGUCAUGCCAAUCAAAACCUAUGGUAUACUCUACAAAGUCUUUAGCAAUUCCUGCUUAUUCUAUAAGCUAAAUAUGAUACAUUCAUAGUUUGUUUGUAAUUAACUAUAUUAUUUAUUACAUUUAUAUAACUAGAUAAUUGAAAAAGGAAAGCGAUAGCAAAAACAUACACACAUUACACAAAGUUACAAUUGCAAAUAAUGUUCACCAACAAUCGAUAGUAAACUAAUACAUAUAUUGGUAAUGUUAGUCCACGAAGUAAAGCAACUCAAAGUCCGUGGUGUUUUGUAUGCCGAAAUAUAGACGAAUAAAUGUUUUCACCAUUACA